AUGCUAGUUGAAGAGAUACCAAAGGCAUCUGCCAAUAAAGGUAGUACCAUCUAUUUUUCAUCAUCGAUAAAUCUCACGGCAAGACCACCAGUUCAUGAACGACAAAUUGAUUUACCACAAGAAUCAACCAUUGAGAAUGGCAAUGGUACAAAUAAUAAGAAUGAAAAUGCAAAUAGAUUAUCAAAAAAUAGACCUAAAGUGAAUUAUAACUUGACAUACUUGAUGAAUGCUCAAACUCAAGCAAAUGAUUCAAAUGUAUCUCAGGGACAAUUAAAAUCAUCUCAACAAAUACAACUUGAAAGAUUGAUUAGUAGAAGAUUAAAUGAAAUUAAUAAAGAAAAUGGAGGAGGUAAUUCAAACUUUGAAUUGCCUAAAAACUUUGCUGAUUCAAGAAAUCUUUCCGGUGACAAGAAAAAAUCAAGGUUAGGUAAUACACCAUCAACAAAGAAAAUAUUGUCAGCUAGAAGAACUCUUGCUCUGUAUUUUGAAGAAGAAAGGAAUGUACUUUCAAUUAACUCCAUUUUAAGUUUGAAUUAUCAAUUUUUAGAAGAAUUGGAUCCUGCAAGUGAUACACAAACGAACAAACGACAAAAGACAAGUGGUAGAUCUGUCAUUAAACCAAAAUUAAGAUUAUGUUGUAUUUGUGGAUCAGAUUCACUGUAUACCAGAUGUGAUAGUUGUGGAUUAUUUGCAUGUAGUGUCAGAUGUAACAAACUGCAUUUAGAACUGAGAUGUGUUUAA